UCAUUGCCUCUUCCCUAUAAAUAUCUCCUGCUUCUGUUGCGCCCAAUUGGGGCCAAUUCAUACACAAAUACAAAUAUCUCCCCUCUUCGUCUCCUGCUCUGUUAAGCAAUGGCGAUUACGGAGCACAGAGACAUUGAGAAAGGGGAUAACAAAGGGCUAGAAGAUUUGGUGGAACCUUUUCUCGACAAUAGUUCGAAAAAUGUGAAGGGUUCUGAAGAAGAAGAAAUCGAUCAGAAUCAUUCAAUCGGUAUGGUGCUUCUAAGCACUGCUGUUGCCGUUUGUGGGUCUCUCGAAUUCGGAUCGUGUGUGGGAUAUUCUGCUCCUACUCAAUCUGCUAUCAGCAUGGAUUUGAAUUUAUCGGUUGCUGAGUAUUCCCUUUUUGGCUCCAUUGUAACCAUCGGUGCCAUGAUUGGAGCAAUCACAAGUGGCAGAAUUGCAGACACAAUCGGUAGAAAAGGGGCAAUGGCAUUAUCCGCGGUUUUCUGCAUAGCAGGAUGGCUUGCAAUCUUUGUCUCCAUGGGGGCUCUUUUGCUUGAUAUGGGCCGAUUCUUCACGGGAUAUGGCAUAGGAGUUUUCUCAUUUGUGGUUCCAAUAUAUAUCGCGGAGAUAGCACCAAAAGAUCUUCGUGGAGGGCUCACCACCCUCAAUCAGCUCAUGAUUGUUACUGGUUCAUCAAUAUCAUUCUUGUUGGGAACAGUAGUUUCAUGGAGAACUUUAGCUUUAACUGGACUCGUUCCCUGUAUGCUUUUGCUUGUUGGUCUACUAUUUAUCCCAGAGUCCCCUAGAUGGCUGGCAAAGGUGGGACGUCAAGUGGAAUCCGAAUAUUCUUUACGCAAACUUCGUGGUGCAAAAGCAAAUGUUUCUGCUGAAGCCGAUGAGAUACAUGAAAGUAUACUCACUCUUCAAAGCCUUCCUAAAGUCAGACUACUGGAUUUAUUCGAUGCCAAAUACAUUAAAGCCGUUAUUAUUGGUGUCGGAUUGAUGGUAUGUCAGCAAUCUGGAGGAAUCAAUGGAAUCGGAUUCUAUGCAAGCGAAACCUUUGAAACUGCUGGGCUUUCAUCGGGAAAAGCUGGAACCAUCGCAUAUGCCUUAAUACAGAUUCCUGUAACAAUGCUUGGUGUGGUCUUAAUGGACAAAUCUGGAAGAAGGGCUCUUCUUCUGGUAUCUUCAUCCGGGACAUUUCUAGGGUGUUUCCUUGCUGGAACUUCGUUUUUUCUCAAGGGCCAAGCCAUUUUCCUCGAAUGGGUCCCACUUCUUGCAGUUUCGGGUGUUCUUUUAUUCAUAGCAUCAUUUUCAAUCGGAAUGGGAGCAGUACCUUGGUUGAUCAUGUCCGAGAUAUUCCCGCUGCAUAUAAAAGGGGCGGCAGGGAGUGUGGUGGUGCUGGUGAAUUGGUUGGGUGCGUGGGUGGUUUCGUAUAGUUUUAACUUUCUCAUCAACUGGAGUCCUGCGGGUACAUUUUGGUUGUUCUCGGGGUUUUGUAUUCUUACGGUUGUAUUUGUAGCAAAAUUAGUUCCUGAAACGAAAGGGAAAAGCUUAGAAGAAAUUCAAGCGUCGAUCAACUCCAACUCCAACUCCAAAUGAUAGUGUUGUUAGUUAUUUGUCGUAUCAGAAAAGGUUCUUGUACUUGUAGUCAUAGCUCAUAGGUAGAUAUUUUAAAAUGUAUUAUUAGUUGUUUUCAGUUUUGUGUAGUUGAGCCAGUAAUCUAUUUCAUUAAUCGUUAUUCAAUUUU